AUCCAAAGUUGUAGGCUUCAUUCUCCCUUUCAAUUUUUUGCUGUCAAUUCAGAUGGGCUUCUGUUUUCAGUUCCUCUCUAAUGUUUUCAUUUUUUCAGCAUUAUAAGUUCUACUUAAUGUCUUAAAAUACAUGAUUAUCAAUCAUUUAGUGUAGUACAAAGUGGAUGAAACUUAUGAAUUUCAUUGUCAUGACUCAACCAAGGUGAAAUGCUAUGCUUCGCUAGCAAGAUUGUAAGAUACCAUUGCAGCCUUGUGUAUUCGGUGGAUGUAGCUUAACAUUUCUGAGAUUUAUUUACAAAGAAGGAUGGCAAUUAUCCUUGCAGCAACCAUGUGUUCCAUUACAAGUUUCAAACCAGCUCAAGCGAUCAAAACAUUUGAUUUUGAGGAUAAAGUGCAAUCCAGGUCUAAUAUUGCACUGCCUCCUUCGGAACCUUUGUCGAGUCGCAGGCAGCUUAUAGUCGGUGCUGGCGCUUCAUUGGUUACCACGGCGUGUUGUUAUGGUUUAUCUCCAUCAAUGGGGUGGGCAGAAGAGAAAUCAUCUGACAAAGAGGAUGAUGAUAACAAAGGGAUUGUUGGGGACAUCACAUCAUUGUUUGAUCCUAAUGAGAAAACAAAGAAAGGGAAGGUGUUGCCAAAGGCUUACUUAAAGUCAGCAAGAGAGGUUGUGAAAACACUGCGUGAAUCUUUGAAUGAACCACCUGAUGACAUUGCCAAAUUUAGAAGAACUGCAGACUCAGCAAAAGAGUCAAUUAGAGAGUAUUUGGGGAGUUGGAGGGGGAAGCAGACUGUUGUUCAAGAAGAAUCAUACGUUAUGCUGGAGAAGGCAAUUAGAUCUUUGGCGAAUUUUUACUCAAAGGCAGGGCCAUCUGCACCAUUGCCGAAGGAGGUUAAGUCUGAGAUAUUGGACUACCUAAAUAUUGCUGAGGAAUUUUUGUAGACAAAUCACACCGUUUCAAGCCACAACAUCUUAUGAUAUAUAGUAUUUACUUUGAGAAUCGUUAGAUGAUAAUAUAGCCAAACAUAAAAAAAUCAUCUAACAUUCUUAACUAUCAAUUUUACAUAAAGAUAAUUACAAUCUGCAUGUAAAUUGUCAAUUUAAUUUUAUACCUUUAUGAGAGGUGUUGUUUAGAUA